GAGAGAGUGAAAGCCGUUGAACUUCGUCAAAAGAACGCUGAUGAGCUGAUGAGCGAGAUUGAGAAGUACAAGAGAGAUCUGGCUACCCUUCGUGUUGCCCAGGUUACUGGAGGAGCUCCCGCGAAGCUUGCUCAGAUCAAGACCGUGCGCAAGAACAUUGCCCGCGCCUUGACUGUCAUGAACAUGAAGAAGAGAGCUGCUCUGAAGGAGAAGUAUGCUCAUGCUAAAUAUGUCCCUACUGAUCUCCGCAUGAAGAAGACUCGUGCGAUGCGCCGCGCUCUUACCAAGGCGCAGGCUGCCAAGAAGUCUCUGCGUCAGCAGAAGAGAGAGGCCGCUUUCCCCAUGAGAAAGUACGCUCUCAAGGCCUAAGAGAAGCAAUUCUGUUUACUCCUUUCUCCAAAUCAUUAUC